AUGAUUGUCACGGCUCUAUUAUCCCUCCUCUCCCUGGCAUGGGCUUCACCUACUCUUAACCCUCACGCGCAACCCAUCGUAUUACCUGAAAAGUCAAGUUUCAAGACUAGGCCACUGCCAGAUGCCCCAGCUCUACCCCAAAACUGGGCCGGUCGACUUAAUAUCCCUGGGACGCCCGAGGGGAAUUCGCUUUUCUUUUGGCUCUUUCCAACCGAGGAUAAGGCCUAUGAUGACAACCUCAUAAUCUGGUUGAAUGGCGGCCCAGGCUGUUCCUCGAUUGUUGGAGCAUUCCUUGAAAACGGGCCCUUGAAAUUCUCAGGAAACUCUACGACCCCCGAGAGAAACCCGUAUUCCUGGACUAAGCUUGGGCAUGUUCUGUAUAUCGACCAGCCAGUGGGAACUGGUUUUGCAUCUGAAAAGGUCCCCGUUUCCUCGAAUAAACAAGUAAUAUCGGACCUAUACAAAUGGCUAGUUGAUUUCGAUACCGUUUUCGAACACAUACUCCGCACGAAAAAUGUGCACAUCGUGGGCGAAUCCUAUGCAGGGAUUUACGUUCCGUAUAUCGCCAAUGAAAUUAUGAACCGCAAGGACGAGCUGCCGGUGAAUUUAAAAUCAAUUUCUAUUGGAGAUGGGACGAUUGGAACCAACACUGGAAUGUCCUCCCUCGGAAUCGUGGGAUUCAUUGAGGAACAUGCCUCGAAGUUAAAAAUACCUCAGGAUAUCAUGCAGGCUCUCUCAUUCGGUGAUCAUGCGUGUGGCUUCGAUACUGUUCGCCAACAAGCAAAAGUAUAUCCACCCAAAGGCCCGUUUUAUAUCCCCGCAGGACCCAAACGCCUAAACACCGCAAGACCUGAGGUGGUAUUACGGAGAGAGGUAGAGGCAAGCCUAGAAACAUGCAACAUCCACCCGGACACGCCUGAAAAAAUCAAAUUAUCUAUCUUUAACUCUACUUGCUAUGGGCAGUGUGCAGUGUACGACACCACCGCAGAUUAUUUGAACACGCGGAAGUGUUUUAGCGUAUACAAUAUCAACUACGACUGCAAUACCCACAACCCUACCCCCGCGCUUGAAACAUAUUUUAGUCGGGCAGAUGUACAGGCUGCAUUGAACCUCAUGCGUCCAAUGGAUAAGCUAACCCCAUUCAAGUCUUGCAAUCGCGACAUUCUUGCAACACUCAUGGCGCCUGCCAAUCGACCAAUUCCCCCAUCCUACAAUAUUAUCCCAGAUCUUCUAACGACUCAUAAACUGCCUGUCCAUAUCUACCAGGGACGUUUGGACCUGCUCAUAAACCACGUUGGUGUUGAGAUUACUAUCCAGAACAUGACUUGGAAUGGAGCACAAGGGUUUCAGCAGUCGUUGCACUUCGAGUUUGACAGACAGAAGGAUGCUAAACCGGUAGGGCUAUGGAAUGAAGAGCGAGGGCUUAGCUAUCAUUUGUUCCUCGAGGGCGGGCAUCUUUUACCAGCGGAUCUCCCGAAAGAGGUAUUUCGAUAUGUCAAAAACGUUAUUUUAAAGAAUUGA